AUGUCUGAUCCCGGACGCAAGGAUUUCACAACUACUGGUAAUAGUGUUCGACUGACCACCGCGUUGUACACAACAGAGGCCAAGGAGGAGAUGACUCCCGACUCUUCCAAGUCAACCCAGGAGAAAAUGAAAGAGACCGUAACCGACGCAAAAGAUCGCCUUAGUCGAGGACUUCAACCUGAUGACCAGAAGGACACUGGCCAGGAAGUCUUCGACAAGGCUCAACGUACCUCCGAUAACCAACAAGGAGGUGCUACUCAGACCAUGGGUGAUAAGGUGAAGGGCGCUCUAGGAAUGGACAAAUGA